AGAUGGAGGGCGUGGGGCGCCAGGGGCCGGACGAGGAGGAGGGCCGCUCCAGGAAGACCGAUGUGGCCAAGUCCCGCGAGGCGUUAGUGGAGGACGACCCGAAAUCCCGCCUCCUCUACAGCGUCGAGGACAGCCCUCCUUGGUACACCUGCGUCUUCUUGGGCAUCCAGCAUUACCUGAUGAUGGUAGAAUCCACCGUAAGCAUCCCGUACCUCUUGACGCCCCUGAUGUGCAUGGCGGCGUCGGACCCAGCCCGCGGCUCCAUCGCCUCAACCAUCAUCUUCGUCAGCGGGAUCGUCACGCUCCUCCAGACAACCUUCGGCGUCAGGUUACCGAUCGUGCAAGGGGGCACGCAUGGCUUCCUGGGCCCCAUCCUGGCCAUCCUGUCGCUCAUGCCGUGCCCGAGCGAGGAGGAAUUCGACGCCCUGACGGAGGCGGAGAAGACGGAGCUGUGGCAGGUCAGAAUGAGGCAGGUCCAGGGCGCCAUCUGCGUGUCAGCGGUCUUCCAGAUCCUCGUAGGAUUCACCGGAGCCAUCGGCGCCCUCCUGCGCUGGAUCUCGCCGCUGGUGAUUGUGCCGACGGUCACCCUCAUCGGCUUCUCGCUCUUCCCCGUCGCGGCCUCCAAGGCGGCCUCGCACUGGGGCAUCAGCAUGAUGACCAUCGUGCUGCUCGUGAUGUUCUCGCAGUACCUGGCCGACGUCCCGCUGCCCUUCGUCAGCUGGUCGCGCUCGAGGGGCUUCGCCAGGACCAACAUCCACUUCUUCAAGCUCUUCCCGGUGCUGCUGGCGGUGGUGGGUGCGUGGGGCACCUGCUGGGCGCUGACAUACACGGAGACGUUGCCUAAGGAGUCGCACGCGCGCACGGACACGAGGCUGCACAUCAUCACCGAAGCCCCAUGGUUCCGCGUUCCUUACCCCGGCCAGUGGGGGCUGCCCACCGUCAGCGUCGCCGGCGUGCUGGGCAUGAUGGCGGGGGUGCUCGCCAGCAUCGUCGAGAGCGUCGGGGACUACUUCGCCUGCGCGCGCUUGGCAGGUGCGCCUGCCCCCCCUAAGCACGCCAUCAACCGUGGCAUCUGGAUGGAGGGUCUGGGCACGGCGCUUGCCGGCCUCUGGGGCACCGGCAGCGGCACGACCUCCUACUCGCAGAACGUCGGCGCCAUUGGAGUCACAAGGGUGGGCAGCCGCCGCGUCGUGCAGUACAGCGCCAUCAUCAUGCUCCUGUGCGGGCUGGUGGGCAAGGUGGGCGCCCUCUUCAUCACCAUCCCUGAGCCCAUCAUCGGGGGCAUCUUCUGCGUCGUCUUCGCCAUGAUCACCUCCGUCGGCCUCUCCUCCCUGCAGUACGUCGACCUCAACUCACCCAGGAACCUCUUCGUCAUCGGGUUCUCCCUCUUCUUCGGGAUGGCGCUCCCCAUGUGGAUGCAAAGGCCCGAGAACAAGUACAUCAUCAACACGUCGCUGCCUUUAUUGGACCAAGUGCUGUCUGUGUUGCUCCGGACGUCCAUGUUUGUCGGUGGUUUCCUGGGCUUCGUUCUGGACAACACGAUCCCAGGCACGGACGAGGAGCGAGGCAUGAAGAAGUGGAAGGCGCAGCUGAAGCCCCAGAUGGACGAGAACAACGUCGUGACCACAGACGUGCGCUGCUACGACCUCCCCGUGGGAAUGCCCUUCUUCCGUGUGUGGGGCUGGGCGAAGUUCGUCCCCAUCCUGCCCACCUUCGUCGGCUGGAGCGCUGUCCGUCGGAGAUGCAUGCCGACGCACUCCCAAAAGUCGUAAUCUCGCCGGUCAUCCACGGGUGAAAAGCUGCCUUGGUGUUUUCAAGCUCAAGAAAUCCUGGCACUAAGGCUGUCUGGAAGUUUAAUCAUUAUGUCGGACCUUUUCAUGAACAAAUUGUUAUAAAAAAACAGCUGUGAAUCUGCCCAACUGUGAUGCCGCCAGGUUCUCAUGCAUGGGGUAUUUAAAGCAUUACCUCCUCACAUGCGGCAUUCUCACGAAAUUUUUAAUGUACCAGAUGGUUAUUCUUCUAAAAGUUGUUGAAAACAAUCUUCGCUAAUUUAACAUGGGAAAGUUAAAGGUGGCUGUGGAUUUUUGUGACUAAGAAUGAAUACAUCUGCAUGUCCAUAGAACGUGAUCUCGUUUCUGAUGAGAACAACUGCUGCCACAGACAAUUUUUUUCGAUACUCUAAAGAUGUCACAGUCUACGUAAAAUAUCUAUCAUAUUUAUUGAAUGUCAUUUAGUGUUAACUUAGGACUGCUGGCGGUUCCUGAAGUUAAACUGUCAUAAGAUAACUUUUACAAGAUUUCAACCAAAAAGACGUCCGAUCAAAGUUGGAAAAUAUCUUUUGGCACAGAAGUGUCCCAGUAAUUAUUGCAGUCCAAAAAUGUUUCAGAUCGUUGCAUUUUAAUAGCUAGACAACCAAUGUGAUAUUAGCAAAAAAUGUCUAACAUUUGGAAUAAAAUUUACAAAUGCAAUCUGA